CUUCCGGGUGCCUUUCUACAAGAUCGCUGUGGCUGUGCAGGCUUGAAUGGUUCUCUGUGUCCUGCUCUGAGAUCUGCUGUCGGGUGCAUUGAGGGGACCUCAGGAAGUUCUGAGAUUUAGACAUGGAUGCAGUGACUUUUGACGAUGUGCAUGUGAAUUUCACUAAAGAAGAAUGGAAUUUGAUGGAUGCUUCCCAGAUGAAUCUCUACAAAGAUGUUAUGUUGGAGACCUACUGGAACCUUACUUCUAUAGGCUACAAAUGGGAAGACCAUCAUAUUGAAGAAUCAUGUCAAAGUUCUCGAAGACAUACAAGGCAUGGAAGAAGUCAUAGGUGGAAGAAACUCUAUGAAUGUAAUCAAUGUGGUAAAGUCUUUGCAAGACCCGCUCAUAUCCAAUGUCAUAAAAGAACCCAUACUGGAGAGAGACCUUAUGAAUGUAAUCAAUGUGGUAAAGCCUUUUCCUCUCACAGUAAUCUCAGAUAUCAUAAAAGAACCCAUACUGGAGAGAAACCUUAUGAAUGUAAUCAAUGUGGGGAACCCUUUGCAAGACCCGCUGAUCUCCAAUAUCAUAAAAGAACCCAUACAGGAGAGAAACCUUAUGAAUGUAAUCAAUGUGGUAAAGCCUUUUCCUGUCACAGUGGUCUCAGAUAUCAUAAAAGAACCCAUACUGGAGAGAAACCUUUUGAAUGUAAUCAAUGUGGUAAAGCCUUUUCCUGUCACAGUGGUCUCAGAUCUCAUAAAAGAACCCAUACUGGAGAAAAACCUUAUGAAUGUAAUCAAUGUGGUAAAGCCUUUGCUACAUCCAGUCAUCUCCAAUGUCAUAAAAGAACCCAUACUGGAGAGAAACCUUAUGAAUGUAAUCAAUGUGGUAAAGCCUUUGCUACAUCUAGUCAUCUCCAAUGUCAUAAAAGAACCCAUACUGGAGAGAAACCUUAUGAAUGUAAUCAAUGUGGUAAAGCCUUUUCCUGUCACAGUGGUCUCAGACAUCAUAAAAGAACCCAUACUGGAGAGAAAUCUUAUGAAUGUAAUCAAUGUGGUAAAGCCUUUGCAAAACCCAGUCAUCUCCAAUGUCAUAAAAGAACCCAUAAUGGAGAGAAACCUUUUGAAUGUAAUCAAUGUGGUAAAGCCUUUGCUACAUCCAGUCAUCUCCAUUGUCAUAAAAGAACCCAUACUGGAGAGAAACCUUAUGAAUGUAAUCAAUGUGGUAAAGCCUUUGCUACAUCCAGUCAUCUCCAAUGUCAUAAAAGAACCCAUACUGGAGAGUAAUCUUAGGAUAAUUAUCAAUGUGGAAAGACUUUUCACAAGGGAGAAGUCUCCAAAGACAUUAAAAAUAACACAUAGUUGAGAGAAAUCUUAAUGUAAUCAAUGUAGUAAAAGCCUUUUCACAAAGUAAUUAUCUCAAAAAGAUAAAAGAACGAACCCAUUUUGGAGAGUAACCUUAUGAAUGUAUGCAAUGUGGUAAUGAAGUCUUUGCAUGUUCCACUUGUCUCCAAAAAAUAAAAGAUCCCAUACUGGAAAGAAACCUCAUGAAUAUAAUCAAUGUGGUAAAGACUUUAGAACUUUGUAAUCUCCAUUAUUUUAACAGUACACAUACAGGAGAGAAACUUUAUGAAUGUAAUCAGUGUUGUAAAGCAUUUCAAGUCACAGUCAUCUGCAAUGACAUAAAAGAUCACAUACAAGAGAGAAACCUCAUGAAGGUUAUCAAUGCAGUAAAGCCUUUGCAUGUCAUAAUUCUUCCCACGUACACAAAAUACAGCACACUGGGGAGAACCCUCAUUAUUGUAACCACUGUGGUAAAAACCUUGGCAAUUUACUCUCAUCUGCAACUACUUAAAAGAACACAUUCAAGAAAGUAACUCUUUCCAUUUUUCCAGAGUACUAAUCCCUUGUGUGACACAGUCAUCACCCCAUAUAUAAAAGAACACAUAUGGCAGAAAACCUGCAUGAAUAUAAUGAAUAAGGUAAACCCUUUCGAGGCCACAGUCAUCUCCAAACACACGAAAAAAAAAUGUGAAGGAGAGAAACCUUAAGAAUGUAAUUGAUAUGAGAAAACCUUUGCAUAUCAUAGUCAUUUCCAAGUACAUAAAUGUGCACAUAGUAGAGAGAAGCCCUCUGAUUGUAAUAAAUGUGUUAAAGCCU